UUUCUCUCUAUUUUUUCCGAAUUCUCUCGUAAUAGGAAGAGACCAUGAAAUCCGGCAGAGACAAAGAGAAAGAGAACGAUCGCUGCAUCAGUUCGCAUAUGCAGACCCUCCAUCGCCGUCUUAUCCACGCCCUAAACCUUGGCACCAGACAUUUUGAUGAGAAGACAAAUAGGUGGAGAUGGCAGUGCGCCAACAUUGAAGUGCAGAAAAAUGUACUACGAUCAAUUGGUGCCUUUCUUGAUUCCUUAUCGGGCGAUGCACGUGCAGCACGUCAUGCUGUUGUUAAGGAAUCUGUUCCUGAUAUUUUAGGAGCAUUAUUAUGGAUUCUUCAAUGCAAAAAUGAGGCUUUAUUAAGCAUGGCAUCAAAUGUUGCAGUGAAGUUGGUUAGUGUUCUGCCUAAUCCAUUAUUGCAAUCACAUAUGUUGGAUCUUGUUUAUUGUCUAUCAUCCUUGCUAUCUUCACAUCAAGUAGAAGUUGCUAUACCCUGUGCUACCACUUUGAAUUUUGUAAUCUCAAAUUUGAGUGCUACAAAUGAGAAGGAAGUUAUGGAAGCACUGAAAGAAACAGAGGCUUCCCUUUGGAUUGUUGGAAAUAUAAAGGAUUUUGCUGAAGGUGUAAAGAAAAUUGAGUAUUUCGAAGAGAUGAGUUUACUUUUGAGCACUAUACUAUGGCGCUGGCCACCGUCUAGGUUCUCUGUUUGUAAUGAUGUAAUACUUAUGAAAGGUCUAGCAAACAUCCAUACAAAGACAGAUAGUUCUAUUAAACUCGCACUUCUAAAGUUGUACACGUCAAUAGCUUUGUGUGAUUCUGCAGCAAGAAGACUUAUAGAGGAUGAAGAAAUAUUUCCACAAAUGUUUGUGCAGGCAAUGGGAAAAUCAAACCCUCAUGCUAUUCGGAUAGAGGGGUUUAGGCUUGCUCAGUGCCUAUUGAGAUCCCAAGAUAAUUGUUUAAAAGUGGUUGGUUUGUGUGGUGAUGCUCUUGUUGAGGCCAUCAUUUGUGGAAUGACAGAACCUAGGGUGACUUCUAAAAAGUUUGGAAACAACCACGGGUCUUUGUCAGUGGAAGCAUGCCAGUUGGCUCUAAUUACUCGCUGGGCAGGUGAUCAUCAUACCAACUUUUGGAAACAAGGAAUUGAUAGAGUCCUUCUUAGUCUUCUGAUUGAAAAUAUUGAAGACCAAUUGUUUGAACCCGUCUUGGCUUUGGAAAAACAAAUAUAUAUGGCAAAAGAGGGAUUAAAAGCCAAUUAUCAUCUCGGUCUUAGGAGUUAUCUGUGGGACAUUCUUGGGUGGCUUACAAUUCAUUGGGGAGAAAAUUUAAACCCUUAUACUCGUGGUAGUGAGCUCUGCAUCAAGUUACUAAUUACAUGUGCAUGCUUGAGUUUUGUGGAUACACUUGAAAAAUGGUGCAGAAUUUGUCAAAAGGAUAUUGAUGAUCAUUUUCAAAGUGAACCUGUAUCAAGGGCCGUUCUAAUGAUGAUUCAUUCUCCAUGUAAUUCCAUCUCCUCACACACUAAAUUCUUAUUAUCAGAUGUACUGAAGGUGAAAGGCAUGUCAUGCUUGAAAAGCUUAUUACAUACUCUAGAUUAUACAUCAUCCCUAGAAAGCUAUGGUUCAUUUGAUAAACUUCAACUGGUUAUUAAUUUAAUUGGGUUUACUUGUCUUUCAAGUUUACCACAAUACCAAAGAUGUAUCAUUGAGAGCAAAGGGAUAAAGGUGAUUGUUCUUCUUCUGAAACGAUGCUUAAAUAAUGACAUUCAUAUCGAAAGGCAAAGCUUUACUCCUCAUUUGCACACACAUGAAAGGUCUUGGUGCUGUUUUGAUAAAGAAGAUUGGGAAGGCUCCAACAUUCUCUUAUUUUAUAGUUUGUUGGCCUUAACAGAAAUUCUUCAUCAGUGUGACCUUUUACAAGAGAAUCCUCAGCAAUUUUCUGGAGAGGUGACAAACAUUACACCACAGUUCGUUAGCAAACUUCAAGAGAUCUGUAAAAGCAACUCUUUCAGUCCUGGUGUGAGAUGGUAUGUUUCUUAUAUUCUAACUUAUUUUGGAUAUUAUGGCUUCCCAACUGAAUUAGCCAAAAGGAUUGGAGAAUCUCUCAAUAAGGAAGAAUACUCAGAUAUGAAGCUUGUCUUAGCAAAUGGGGAAUCUCUGAGUGUUCAUGUUGCUAUUCUUGCUGUUCGAUGUCCAUCACUAGUGCCUCCUCAAUUGUUACCUUGUAGGAAGAGUUCUAAAGAGAUAGCAGAUGAGUUUGUCAGAGAGACCGUGAGAGAAGUUCGAUUAUCUUCUCAUGUUGGUUAUGAAACAUUGGUGUUGUUGUUGGAAUAUGUAUACUUGGGAUGCUUACGUGCCAGUGAAGAAGCAGCAAAGAAGCUAAAAGUUCUUGCUAAGCGCUGCAAUCUACAGCCUUUGUUCCAAAUGCUUCACAGACAGCAUCCGAAAUGGGGCUUACCUUUCCCCAGCUUUAAUCUUACGUCAGCUUUUGGUUUAGCUGGAAGUUGUUUUUCGGAUAUCGUAUUGGGAGCUAAAUCAAAUGAGCUUGCUGGGUGGACAUGCGAUAUUUGUUCUGACACAGUACCCCAUAUGCAUGUUCACAAAGUUAUAUUGCAGUCUGGUUGUGAUUAUCUACAAGGUUUGUUCCGGUCAGGAAUGCAAGAAAGUCAUUCACAAGUAAUAAAAGUUGAUAUUAGCUGGCAAGCAUUGAUUAAACUAGUGCAGUGGUUUUAUUCUGAUGAGCUGCCUGGUCCUCCAUCUGGAUGCUUGUGGGAUAAUAUGGAUGAUCAAGAAAAGCUAUUUAAUCUACAACCAUAUGUGGAGCUUUAUUGGCUUGCUGAGUUCUGGAUUUUAGAAAAUAUUCAGGAAGCUUGCUUUAAUGUUAUUAUGUCUUGUCUUGAUUCUUCCUGGCGGUUGUCCAUUAGAAUAAUCAAAAUGGCUUAUAAUCUCUCUUUGUGGAAGUUAGUUGAUAUUGCUGCAAAUCUCAUGGCUCCUUCAUAUCGUCAAUUACGAGAUUCUGGUGAACUAGAAGAAUUUGAUGAUGCACUAGUGCACUUGAUUUAUUCUGCUUCUAUCCAACUUAACUAAGAAAGCAAAAAUUGUUUUUGGUGAAUCAAUACUCCUCAAGAUGGUUCAUAGUGCAAGAGAUUCUGAAGGCAUAUACUAACUUUUUUAGGAGCUACAAACUUUGUCAAGUAUGGCAUCAGAAGAACCUGGGAUGUGGCUUGCUCCAUGAUUCUAAGCGAGUAAAACAUUUUUUUGUGGUGGAGGUUAGAGAAAACUUGUUACUCGUGAAAAAAAUCUAAUGUUUGGUCAGUUUAGAAUGCUCGUAU